AUAGUGCUAACAUCCAGCCAAAAUGUCUGUCAACGUUAACCGCAGCGUGUCAGACCAGUUCUAUCGCUACAAAAUGCCCCGUCUGAUUGCCAAGGUUGAAGGCAAAGGGAAUGGAAUCAAGACGGUUAUUGUCAACAUGGUUGAUGUUGCAAAGGCUUUGAACAGGCCUCCAACAUACCCAACCAAGUUUUUUGGUUGUGAACUCGGUGCUCAGACCCAGUUUGAUACCAAAAACGAUCGUUACAUCGUCAACGGAUCCCACGAGGCGAACAAGUUGCAGGAUAUGCUUGAUGGGUUCAUCAGAAAAUUUGUGCUGUGUCCUGAGUGCGACAACCCUGAAACUGACCUGCAUGUCAAUCCUAAGAAACAAACAAUCGGCAAUUCCUGUAAGGCCUGUGGAUACCGUGGCAUGCUAGACACCAGACACAAACUCUGCACGUUCAUUCUCAAAAACCCACCUGAGAGCAAUGAUAGCAGUUCUGCAUCUGUCAAGAAAGAGAAAGAAAAGAAGAACCGCAAGAAGGACAAGGAAAACGGCUCUGGCAGCGGCGAGACUGGAAACCAGGACAACAUUGAUGCCCCUGAGGCUGUGGAUAGAGACGAUGACGACGAGGACUGGGCGGAGGAGACGACGGAGGAGGCACAGCGGCGCCGGAUGGAAGAGAUCAGCGACCACGCCAAGAAUCUGACCCUGAGCGAGGACCUGGAGAAACCUCUGGAGGAGAGGGUCAACCUCUUUUACAGCUUUGUGAAACAAAAGAAGGAAAGCGGAACCAUUGAUGGCGCUGACAAAGAGAUCCUGGCAGAGGCGGAGCGUCUGGACGUGAAGGCCAUGGGUCCGCUCAUCCUCAGCGAGCUCCUCUUCAACGAGAACAUCCGGGACCAGAUCAAGAAGUACAAACGCCACUUCCUGAGAUUCUGUCACAACAACAAGAAAGCCCAGAAGUAUCUGCUGGGAGGCUUCGAGUGCGUGGUGAAGCUCCACCAGGUGCAGCUGCUGCCACGCGUCGCCAUCAUCCUCAAAGACCUGUACGACGCCGACCUGCUGGAGGAGGACGUCAUCUUCGCCUGGGCUGAGAGGGUUUCUAAGAAGUAUGUCUCCAAGGAACUUGCCAAAGAGAUCCAUGCCAAGGCCGCUCCUUUUGUCAAAUGGCUGAAGGAGGCGGAGGAAGAGAGUGAGGGCAGCGAGGAGGAGGAGGAGGAAGAAGACGACGAAAACGUCGAGGUGGUGUACUCGUCCUCCGCCCGCGAGCUCAAAGUGGAGACCGUGAAACCAGACACACCAGAAAAAGAAGAAGACGAUAUUGACAUUGAUGCAAUCUGAGAGAUUCUGGAUGCUGCUGCUGCUUUUCUCUUGUGUUGUGGCUUCGACUUAGCCGGCCCUGUAUGACCGAUACGGCUCAGCUUUUCCCUUCUUGAUUCCCCCCUGACCCCUCCUCCUACUGCCCUCUAUACACCCCUCCGGCUUUACAGCAUGAUAUAGUAUUAUAGCGCUUCACCUGCUACAAAGUAUCUGUAUAAUUCUGCUAUGAGUUUAUUAAAUGAAGUUGAUUUGUGGGAUUUUAAUCAAGGGUGUUAUGGGAUCUUUUUCACUGCACUUUUUCUUUCUUUCCUCUUUUGUUUUGAGGUCCCUGUAUUUUUCCAGUCAAUAAAGAAUGUUUUGCUAUCCAUCA